AAUUGUGGUGCUUCAAUGGCUCUUCCGCCUUCAGAAACUUCAACUUCCAAGGGCAAGAGUCAAACAAAUGAAAUGAAAAUCUCAUCCACUGAACAAGAAGCUGGUGAAGCUCGCUCGCCUAAUAAUGGCCGCCUUUCUCCUACUCCUGCACCAUCAGUAAAUUGUAAUGUUCUCAGCUACAAUGGAACGGGAACUGUCCCCGCAACGCGAGAGGCUUCUUUUAAGGCGAAAGAGGCGCACAAUUCUGUGGAGUUUGGACGUUCUAAGCGUCUUCGCAUUAAAUUAAAAAAAUGCAGUGUGCUAUUGAAUCGCAUUCAUGUUUCCGAAAACUACAAAUACGCUUGCAGCGAAAAAAAUGAAAAUAAUAUUUGCUCAGAAGAAAUAGCAUUUCCAGAGCCUCAUCCUAAGCGUGGGAGCGAAGAUUCAGAGCGACCUAAAAGGCGCAGUGAAAAAGUGGGCAAAAGUGGAGGACCAAAUUCAAGUGAAGAAAACAAGUUAAACAUUUCUAAAAAUACUGAUAGUCUGCGAAGGACAUCCCUCAGUCGUUCUAAGCGUCUAAAUGCUUCUAUGAAAGAGGAUCACCGAGGAUUUCAAUUGGAUCACCUUUUCACCAGCACCAAUUUAAUAGAGAAACCUUAUAAGUGUUCUGACUGUAGCUAUGCUGCUACUUCCAAGAGCAAUCUCAACAGCCACAUAAAAUCUGUACAUCUGAAGAUAAAACCUUACAAAUGCGAUCUCUGUGCUUAUGCCGCUGUAAAUAAAGCACAUCUUUUUCAUCACAUUGCAGUUGUCCAUCAGAAACUCAGGCGCUACAAAUGCCAUGAAUGUGCUUACGCUGCCGCCGUGAAGAGUAAUCUUACGCACCAUGUGAAAGCCGUUCACUUGAAACUAAAGCCAUUCAAGUGUGAUGAGUGCGACAGCUACUUUUCUCUGAAAGGUAAUCUAAAAUCUCACAUUUCCAGGGUGCACCUCAAAGACAAACCGCACUCGUGCCCGCACUGUUGCUAUUCAUAUGAGUCGAAAGCAGGACUAGCUAGGCAUGUUGCUAGCGUUCACUUGAAGCUGAAGCCUCACAAGUGUCCUCAAUGUGACUACACUGGUAACACUAAAGGAGAUCUUAAGUCUCAUGUUAAUAGUGUUCAUUUAAAAUUACGACCUCACAAGUGCCAGACGUGCAAGCGCGGGUUCUACCAGAAAACUAAGCUAGAACAGCACAUGAAAUCGGUGCACAUGAAUUUGAGGGAACACAAAUGUUCGCAGUGUGAUUACGCUGCAGGUUCUCGCGGGGAUCUCAGGAGACAUGUUGAUGUGGUGCAUCUGAAAAUAAAUGCAAGUGCGGAGUACGCGAGUACAGCGCCGUUAAGAAGUCUGGGCUUAUAAGCCAUGUUGCUCGUAAACACUGAGAAUCAAUUGGCUUCCUCACCGAGUAUAAUUUUUGCUGGCGUAUAAUUUUUUUUUCUUAUAUACGCCGUGUGCACGAAAUUAAUUCCCUUUAUUUCUUGUUCUCUGCUGCAGGUAGCCAACAUAAAUACUUAUAAAUUUGCUAUACUUGUUGUAGUCGUUGAACAGUAUUCCAGCCAUUGAGGAGCGC